GUCGCAGAGCAGCACCGAAUCGGCCGGGAGAGCCGAGGGAGAAUCCGGGUGGAAGCCGAGAAAUCCAACCCCGAUAGCAGCUCGGGGUCCCGCCCCGGCCCCCGCCCCGGGGCGCUCGCCUCACUCCGGACUGCCGCCCGGGCCUCCGGAGCCGAUCUCCGGCUGGCACCCACGCUUCAUCACGGGAUCGAGCCCUGCUCCCACGGCCGCGAUUCAGGGAGGUGCGGCCGUGCUAAGUGAGGAGUGUGGAGCCAUGGAGAGGACGCGGUGAAGUGAAGUGUUGCUGAGCGGCUGCUGCCUGGAGCUCUGCUUCUCCUGACAGCUCUGCAAGUCCACCAAGCUACCUGAAGCCAACAGGUCUGAAGUUAGAGCUUUACCGCAGGACCGUAGGGAGAGUUGGAAUGCCUUGGUCCUGGGGGCCCCACCAAGCAAGCGGCAUGCGGCACCCCCGGACCUGCCCAAUGUCAUCUGGCCCGCUGCCUGGCCCCCGCAGGAGGCCCUGACGCCCUGGGGCACUUCUGCUGUGCACAGGACCACGUGGGGGUUUGCCAUGGUGACAUAAAGGGGCGCGGAGGAAGGAAGGAGCGCAACCAGCCUGUGGACUGCGCCCCUGGCUGGGAGGAAGGGCCGGUGGCCCGGAUCCUCCGCUCCUGCUGCCCACUGAGGGCCUCGCCUGCUACGUGUCUGUGAAUUUGUUGGUCAGCGGACGACUGCAGUGUUUCCUCCUGUGUGGGGCCUUGGGGUGGCCAGGGCAGGCAGGGCCUCUGGUGGCCGAGGUCUUGGGAACCAGGAUGCCCACCCUGGCGCGCCUCCGCAGGCUGUGUCGGCACGUGUCCCCACAGGCUGUCCUUUUCCUGCUGUUUGUCUUCUGCCUGUUCAGCGUUUUUGUCUCCGCCUACUACCUAUAUGGCUGGAAGCGGGGCCUGGAGCCCUCAGCGGAUGCCCCCGAGCCUGACUGUGGGGAUCCGCCGCCCAUGGCCCCCAGCCGCCUGCUACCGCUCAAGCCCAUGCAGGCGGCCGCCCCUUCCCGCACGGACCCGCUGGUGCUGGUGUUUGUGGAGAGCCUCUACUCGCAGCUGGGCCAGGAGGUGGUGGCCAUCCUGGAAUCCAGCCGCUUUAAGUACCGCACAGAGAUUGCACCGGGCAAGGGGGAUAUGCCCACGCUCACCGACAAGGGCCGUGGCCGCUUCUCUCUCAUCAUCUACGAGAACAUCCUCAAGUAUGUCAACCUGGACGCCUGGAACCGGGAGCUGCUGGACAAGUACUGUGUGGCCUACGGCGUGGGUAUCAUCGGUUUCUUUAAGGCCAAUGAGAACAGCCUGCUGAGUGCACAGCUCAAAGGCUUCCCCCUGUUCCUGCACUCGAACCUGGGCCUGAAAGACUGCAGCAUCAACCCCAGGUCCCCGCUGCUCUACGUGACACGGCCCAGCGAGGUGGAGAAGGGUGUGCUGCCCGGCGAGGACUGGACCGUGUUCCAGUCCAACCACUCCACCUACGAGCCAGUGCUGCUGGCCAAGACGCGCUCCUCUGAGUCCAUCUCACACCUGGGCGCCGACGCCGGCCUGCACGCCGCGCUGCACGCCACCGUGGUCCAGGACCUGGGCCUCCACGAUGGCAUCCAGCGCGUGCUGUUUGGCAACAACCUCAACUUCUGGCUACACAAGCUCGUCUUUGUGGACGCCGUGGCCUUCCUCACUGGCAAGCGCCUCUCGCUGCCUUUGGACCGCUACAUCCUGGUGGACAUUGAUGACAUCUUCGUGGGCAAGGAGGGCACACGCAUGAAGGUGGACGACGUGAAGGCCCUGUUUGAUACACAGAAUGAACUACGCACACAUAUCCCAAACUUCACCUUCAACCUGGGCUACUCAGGGAAAUUCUUCCACACAGGUACUGAUGCUGAGGACGCUGGGGACGACCUGCUGCUGUCGUACGUGAAGGAGUUCUGGUGGUUCCCCCACAUGUGGAGCCACAUGCAGCCCCACCUUUUCCACAACCAGUCUGUGCUGGCCGAGCAGAUGGCCCUGAACAAGAAGUUCGCUGUCGAGCAUGGCAUUCCCACGGACAUGGGGUAUGCAGUGGCGCCCCACCACUCGGGCGUGUACCCUGUGCACGUGCAGCUGUACGAGGCCUGGAAGCAGGUGUGGAGCAUCCGCGUGACCAGCACGGAGGAGUACCCCCACCUGAAACCGGCCCGCUACCGCCGUGGCUUCAUCCACAAUGGCAUCAUGGUCCUCCCACGGCAGACCUGCGGCCUCUUCACGCACACCAUCUUCUACAAUGAGUACCCUGGUGGCUCCAGCGAGCUGGACAAGAUCAUCAACGGGGGCGAGCUCUUCCUCACCGUUCUCCUCAAUCCUAUCAGCAUCUUCAUGACGCACCUGUCCAACUAUGGGAAUGACCGCCUGGGCCUGUACACCUUCAAGCACCUGGUGCGCUUUCUGCACUCCUGGACCAACCUCCGGCUGCAGACACUGCCCCCUGUUCAGCUGGCCCAGAAGUACUUCCAGAUCUUCUCUGAGGAGAAGGACCCACUCUGGCAGGACCCUUGUGAGGACAAACGCCACAAAGACAUCUGGUCCAAGGAGAAGACAUGUGACCGCUUCCCAAAGCUCCUCAUCAUUGGUCCCCAGAAAACAGGUACGACGGCCCUCUACCUGUUCCUGGGCAUGCAUCCAGACCUCAGCAGCAACUAUCCCAGCUCAGAGACCUUUGAGGAGAUCCAGUUUUUUAACGGCCACAACUAUCACAAAGGCAUCGACUGGUACAUGGAGUUCUUCCCCAUCCCCUCCAACACCACCUCUGACUUCUAUUUUGAAAAAAGCGCCAACUACUUUGAUUCGGAAGUGGCGCCCCGGCGAGCAGCUGCCCUGUUGCCUAAGGCCAAGGUCCUAACCAUCCUCAUUAACCCAGCGGACCGGGCCUAUUCCUGGUACCAGCACCAGCGAGCCCACGACGACCCAGUGGCGCUGAAGUACACCUUCCACGAGGUGAUCACAGCUGGGCCUGACGCUUCCUUGAAGCUGCGUGCUCUCCAGAACCGCUGCCUGGUCCCAGGCUGGUACGCCAUCCACAUUGAGCACUGGCUCAGCGCCUUUCACGCCAACCAGAUUCUGGUCUUGGAUGGCAAAUUGCUGCGAACAGAACCUGCCAAAGUGAUGGACACAGUGCAAAAAUUCCUUGGGGUGACCAACACCAUUGACUACCACAAAACCUUGGCGUUUGAUCCAAAGAAAGGAUUUUGGUGCCAACUGCUCGAAGGAGGAAAAACCAAGUGUCUGGGCAAAAGCAAAGGCCGAAAAUACCCAGAGAUGGACUUGGAUUCCCGUGUCUUCCUGAAGAACUAUUAUCGGGAUCACAACAUCGAGCUUUCCAAGCUGCUGUACAAGAUGGGCCAGACACUGCCCACCUGGCUGCGGGAGGACCUCCAGAACACCAGGUAGCCGUGGCCACCACAGCCAGACUGAACGUUUGUGACGGCAGGGAUGUCCCGCCACAUGCUGAGCCAGACUGACCUGCAGAAUGGGGAGCUGGGCCCGGGCUGGCCAAGCACUUAUGAGCAAUACUCUGCCGAGGCCCAGGCAGAGCCAGGAGAAGAGCCCAGGCAAGCCCACGAGCGCCUCAGAGCACCCGAUGCUGCUGGGUCUGUGGCCUCUAGGACCUCCCUAACCACCCGAGGUUCAUUCCGUUCACAGCCUUUCAUGGGGAGGCCACUUCCUGUUGGUGGAAGGCCACUUCCUGGUAGGAGAGAGUCCAUGAGACUCUUUUCUGUCCCUCACUGUGUUCUACCAACCAUACCCUCUCCUUCAUCCCGUUACUCCCUGCCCCAGCAGGGCAUCCCCUCAGUAUUAGCUGCCAUAUUCCCCUGUCCUCCAGACCACGAGGGAGAAGUGCCCAGCUGGACCUUUUGCCAAACCAGGGAGAGAGACUGGAUGCUUCCCUGACUAUUUCGAGCCAGGCCCUUCAGAGGGGUCAGCUGGGUACCCAGAGUUGGUUACUAGGCUGGACGUGACGUUGGCGCCUCGAGAGAGCGCUGAACUUUCACACAUUCUGGUUAAUACCUUCACAUCUCACCUUCCCUUUUUGGGGAAAGAAUCGCUGGGUCCCACAGUGUCCCCCCAGGCCUGAAGGCCUCCUCCCGGGCCCUGGGGCACUGUCAUGCCAUUUGGACCUGGACACCCAGGCCUCAAUCCCACCCCCUUUUUUCACCCUGGGAUAUGACAUGUGUGGUGUUUCCUGUGGUAAAAGACUGAGGUGGUUCAGGAGUCUGCCAGUAUACAUGUUCCCAUGUACAUACAUUGUCCCCAUGCCCACCCAGCCUUGGCCCCUGGCAGACACUGGGCAGAGCUGAUGAGACUGCCAUCCACGGCUUUGCCCCAGCGACCUGUGGCCGAGGGUUCCUAGAGACCCCUUUAACCUCCCCAAUACUAAGCUAAAGUAUUUUAAUAUUUUGUUUUUUUCUUGGUGCCAGAGUUUAUACCCUGGGUGCUGGGGUCGCACUGUGUUAUAUAUAUAUAUAUAUAUAUAUAUAUAUAUAUAUAUAUAUAUAUAUAUAUAUAUAAUUUGUAUAUAUAUAUUAUAUUUUUUUGGUUGGGUUUGUUUUUAAUUCAGUCAUACAAAAUGGUGGCAAGCCCCAGUCCCCAAGGGUGUCCCAUCUACAUGCAUGAAAAAAUGAGAUGGAAGGGAGGGGGCAGGCAUGUCUUUAUGUGUCCGGGCCUCGAGGAGACAGGAUGAAGGUGCCCUGGGAGAGGUCUCUGUUCCCUCUCCCAAGUGCCAUGGCUGUCCUGGGGCUGCCCUAGGUGAACUGAGGUGGUAAGAUGCCCAGGGAAGACCUCCUCUCUCCAGGAAAUCUGGCUUCGUGAAGCGCAGUGACCCUGGGGGAAUUUUGGCCAAAGGAAACAGACGGGCUGGGGUGAGCGACCUGGGCCAAAGCCUGGCCUGUUCCCCUCCCCUCACAUGGUGCUAGGUGGGGCGCUGCCCCGGGAGCAGGAGGCCCUGCAGACACUGGGUCUCUGGGCUGUUUUCUGGCUGGGGUCUGCUCCUACCCUCCUCAUAACAAUGUGAAGUGACUAAGCCGGGGCACUCUCCCCAGCCCCUCCCACUGCCAGUUCAGCUUUGAAUUGACACCCAGGAAGUCCUUUCUGGAGAGCCUUGUCUUAUUCAGAAGACUCUAGCAUCUUGGGGCUGGACGGGUUCUUUGAUAGGUAUGGAAAUAGAUCUAGAAAGGGGAGGUGGACUCCUUGGCCGACGUCACAGAGCUGGUUGGGAGUAGGGCCGAGAUUGAACUUGGGGCUCCUGAUCCUGAGUCCAGUGCUCUUCUUCCAAUGCCACACUGCCUCUGACCCCCUCCUUGGAGCCCUACUCUGUGCCAGGCUCCUGUCCCUCCCUCAGUCACACCCUUGGUCAUUCCAGGACAUGGGGACAAACCACUCCUUCCCAGCCAGGGUGCCUUUGAGUCUUCUCAGUUCCACACCUGUAGUUGUAUCCCUCUCUUGCUCUCUCCACCUCGAAAAGUCCUUCCCCGCCUGCAGAGCCUGGGUGUGUCUUAGCUCUGAACUGAUUCCCUUUUCCCGAGUUCUUCACUGGGAUGGAGAGGAUGUUGGCUACUCAACAGGACCAGCACCAUGUGGUAUCGUUGUGUACCCAGAGAAGCAUCCCCAUCAUGCUUCUCAUCGGGGCCUUGGAGCCUGGGAGCACUGGGCAUUGCGAGCCCUGCAGGAGAGGAAGAGCAGAGUGUCUGAGGACAGGGUGCAUGCCUGCUUGUAUGUUCCAUGGAACCAGGCCCCCAGAGUGGGGCACUGGCUUUCCUUGUGCAAGUCCCAGGCCUCACGUCCCAUCUGUCAGCAAAGGGCUCGGGCUCCGUGAACUGUGAUGCACCCACAUUCUGAAAUCUACCUUCUGGGCCUGGGUGCCGGCUCCCGCCUCUUGGAGUUCUGAAUGCCUGGUGGGAUGGCAGCUCCACUUCUCUGUGCCUCUGGCCUGAGGAAGGAGCAGGCAGAUGUGAGACCCUGUGGGAGCAGAGGAGAUUCGGGAUUUGUCCAGGCCCUUCUGGUAGGCUGGGGACUUGACCUGCCACAUGCUGUAAUUCUGGUCACUGCUAUUACUUCCCUUCCUGCUAAUGAAUUUCUUGAGGACCCUCAUGAGAAGAGAAAAUCAGAGGUCAGUGGGUACAGUAGCAUCAACUUCUUCCAUGUUCACUAAUGUACUAAGCCUUUGCACCACCCCCACCA